AUGGAUAAUGAUCUCGAUAUCUGCUAUGAAAAUGCUGGAGAAGAUGGAGAAGAUGAAAACCCCGAAAUCUCAGAUCAAGAAAUUGAACCUACUGAACCUCCAGUAGAUAAACCCUCUCGGGCUGAUGUGUUGGCAGCCUUUGAUACCCUCGUAAAAUUUUCCCAAACCAGUGCAGAGUUAGAACAGCAUCAGAAAACAGUGCUUAGAAAACUAUGA